AUGGACGACAGGGAUAGACAAUCGCAUUCUGCUAGCUAUACACCAGGAAAUGUCCCCAUAACACCUCCAGGUCUGGAAGCAAUUUAUUCGGCAUGUCGUCGCUUGUAUCCCGAUCAACCAAACCCCUUACAAGUGACCGCACUGGUUAAAUACUGGCUAGGAGGUCCAGAUCCAUUGGAUUACAUCAGUAUGUAUGCAAACCCUGGAGACCCAGAUCGGAAUAUACCACCACACUGGCAUUACAUCAGUUUUGGGCUGUCAGACCUUCAUGGAGAUUGCAGAGUAUAUGAACUUGGUUGCGCUGAUGGCCCCAGUGGGUUUGGGUUUGAACUUACUUUUAGAUUAAAGAGAGAACCAGGAGAAGCAAACCCACCAACGUGGCCUGCGGCACUGAUGCAGGCUCUUGCCAGAUAUGUUUUUCAGUCAGAGAAUGUCUUGUGCAGUGGUGACCAUGUUUCAUGGCACACACCUCUUGAUGGCAGUGAAUCACGAAUACAACAUAUGUUGAUGACAGAGGACUCCCAGCUUCAACCAACGUCAUCUAUCCUCGGUGUAGUGAACUUUAUACAGAUUGUAGGUGUGUGUGAAGAGGAAUUAAAGGCAGCACAGCAUUGGAAUGGACCAGGAAUUAUUGAACUGCUGAGAUCUAAACCAUCAGCUGGAGGUCCAUGGUUAGUUACAGACAUGAGAAGAGGAGAGACAAUAUUUGAAUUAGACCCACAACUCAAGGAGAGAGUUGAACAGGGAAUAGAACAAGAAGGUUCUAAUCUCAGUGGAGUAAGUGCUUGGUGUUCUUGGGAUGAGCCGAGUGACAGUGAUGGCAGAAGCUCUGACAGUGACGAAGACAAAGAAAAUCAGAAGGACAGAGAAGAAGAUGAUAAGAGAUUACAAAAAAGAAGAGGAAGUACUGGAACUGGCAGAAGAACUAUUACAGAUUAUGAAUCUGAGCAGAUAAAAGCUACAUUAAAGAAAGGCUUGAGUAACACCCACCUCAAUGUUAAGGAUGAAUCUCAAACGCAAUCCAGAAAAGAAUCUUUUGAUAGUACAGUGAGUUCAGAUGGUCCUACAGAACUGAUAAGAACACGCACACUAGAGUCUGUACAUCUCAAGUUUAAUCUUGAAGCUGGCUCCUUACUUCCACUCGCAUUAAGGGGACGUUUAAAACAUGGCCGGCACUUCACAUUCAAAGGCAUUAUGAACGAUAUAGCAAUUACUCUAGUCUCAUCAUCUGUUGUUGGUUCUAUCACAGAUGAAGAACAUCCAUUUGCAGCACAUGGCACAUGGCUACAGGUCCUUGUUCAAAAUGAAGCCAUCGAUGACAUGAUUGAUGAUCUAGAAGAACUCUCCUGCCCUGAAGAGAUACUGUGUCCAAAGACUUACAGCUGGCCAGAAAAGAGGUUGUGCAUCACCAUCCUGCCAGAUGAGAGCUAG